ACCAGAGUAUCUCUGGCAGCGGGCGACAACCCUACUUGCGUUUUCAACAUUGCCGAGAAGAAGAAGAUAAUUGACGUGUCACAAUUUCGACAAUUGGCGAGUGCCGGAAGCAACCAGAACAGGGCGCUUGAAAGAAAAGCCGACACCCAGCAGAGCAAUCAGAUUGAGACACCUACAGGCAGAACGGAAAAAGUGCCAACAUGCUGACCAACUUCGAGUCGAAGUCGGCGCGGGUAAAGGGCCUCUCCUUCCACCCGAAACGACCCUGGAUCCUGGUCAGCUUACACAGCGGCGUCAUCCAGCUGUGGGACUACCGGAUGCACACGCUCCUCGAGAAGUUCGACGAGCACGAUGGCCCGGUGCGUGGCGUGGCCUUCCACCCGCAGAUGCCUCUCUUCGUUUCCGGUGGCGAUGACUACAAGAUCAAGGUUUGGAACUACAAGCAGCGCCGCUGCAUCUUCACGCUUCUGGCCCAUUUGGACUAUGUCCGCACUGUGGCCUUCCACCACGAAUACCCGUGGAUUCUCAGCGCCUCCGACGAUCAGACCAUCCGCAUCUGGAACUGGCAGUCGCGCAACUGCAUCUGCGUGCUGACGGGCCACAACCACUAUGUGAUGUGUGCCCAAUUCCAUCCCACGGAGGACCAGAUUGUCUCCGCUUCGCUGGAUCAGACGGUGCGCGUUUGGGACAUCUCCGGAUUGCGGAAGAAGAACGUGGCACCCGGCCCCGGCGGCCUUGAUGAUCACCUCAAGGGUCAUCCUGGUGCCACCGAUCUGUUCGGCCAAGCGGAUGCUGUGGUCAAGCAUGUGCUCGAGGGCCACGACCGCGGCGUCAACUGGGCCAGCUUCCAUCCCACUCUGCCGCUGAUCGUGUCCGGUGCCGACGAUCGCCUGGUUAAGCUGUGGCGCAUGAACGAGUACAAGGCCUGGGAGGUGGACACCUGCCGUGGGCACUACAACAACGUAUCCAGCGUGCUGUUCCAUCCACGCCAGGAUCUGAUUCUCUCGAACGGCGAGGAUCGCAGCAUUCGCGUCUGGGACAUGACCAAGCGUCAGUGUCUAUUCACAUUCCGCCGGGACAAUGAACGCUUCUGGAUUCUCACGGCACAUCCGACUUUGAAUCUGUUUGCAGCUGGCCACGAUGGAGGUAUGGUGGUCUUCAAAUUGGAGCGCGAGCGUCCCGCUCAUGCCGUGCACGGCAACAUCCUGUACUACGUAAAGGAGCGUUUCCUGCGCAAACUGGACUUUACCACCACCAAAGACACGGUGGUGAUGCAGCUGCGGCCGGGCAAGUCGCCGGUGUACAGCAUGUCAUAUAACCCGGCCCUAAACGCCGUGCUCAUCUGCACGCGCACCAACAACCUGGAGAACAGCACCUACGACUUGUGCCAGAUCCCCAAGGACACCGAGAGCCAGAGCGAGUCGGACAGCAAGCGCAGCUCCGGAAUCACGGCCAUCUGGGUGGCCCGCAAUCGGUUUGCAGUGCUGGAUCGCAACCAGCAGCUGGUGAUCAAGAACUUCAAGAACGAGGUGACUAAGAAACUGCCCACUUUCUGCGAGGAGAUCUUCUAUGCCGGAACGGGAAUGCUGCUCAUCCGGGAUCCCGAGUUUGUCACCCUGUACGAGGUGCAACGCCUCGUCUCCGUAGGCAGCAUUAAGCUGGCCAAGUGUCGUUACGUGGUGUGGUCCCCGGACAUGUCCUUGGUGGCGCUGCUCUGCAAGCACUCGGUGACCAUCUGCGACCGAAGGCUGCAGUACUUGUGCACCGUGCAGGAGAAUUGUCGCGUGAAGUCUGGAGCCUGGGAUGAGUCGGGCGUGUUUAUCUACACCACCAGCAACCACAUCAAGUACGCCAUCACCAACGGCGACCACGGCAUUAUUCGUACGUUGGACCUGCCCAUCUAUUUGACGCGCGUCAAGGGAAACCAGGUGUUCUGCUUGGAUCGCGAGUGCCGCACCCGCGUACUCCACAUCGAUCCCACGGAGUACAAGUUUAAGUUGGCCCUGAUUCAGCGCAAGUACGACGAGGUUUUGCACAUGGUGAGAAAUGCCCGUUUGGUGGGUCAGAGCAUCAUUGCCUACCUGCAGCAGAAGGGAUAUCCGGAGGUGGCUCUGCACUUCGUCAAGGAUGAGAAGACGCGAUUUGGACUGGCUCUUGAGUGUGGCAACAUCGAGAUUGCACUGGAGGCUGCCAAGGCUCUGGAUGACAAGGACUGUUGGAAUCGUCUGGGACAGAGUGCCCUUCUCCAAGGCAAUCACCAGGUCGUGGAAAUGUGCUACCAGCGCACCAAGAACUUUGACAAGCUUAGCUUCCUCUAUCUGAUCACCGGAAAUCUGGAGAAGCUCAAGAAGAUGAACAAGAUCGCAGAAAUCCGCAAGGAUGUGUCGGCUCAGUACCAGGGUGCACUUCUACUCGGUGACGUUAAGGAGCGGGUAAACAUCCUCAAAAACUGCGGACAACUUUCGCUGGCUUAUCUGACAGCCGCUACCCAUGGAUUCGAGGAGCUCACUGAAUCGUUGGGCGAGUCUAUCACCUCGCAGGGAAAUAUUCUUCCCGAGGUGAAUCCCAAUGCUCAGCUGCUGCAACCACCAGUGCCCAUUCAGCAGCUGGAGACCAAUUGGCCUUUGCUGUCCGUUUCUAAGGGCUUCUUCGAAGGCGCCAUGGUCACCAGGGCUGGAACCAGUGCCACUGCCCGUCAGGCGCUGAACAUCAACGCCGAUGCUGCAGUUCUGGACGAGCACAAUGGCGGCGGCGAUGGCUGGGGAGCGGAUGCCGAUCUGGGACUGGAUGAGGAGGGUGAUGAGGAGAUGCACGAUGCGUUGAGUAACGAUGGAGAAGGCGGAGCAGGCGGUGAAGAUGGAGCCGGCUGGGAUGUGGGCGAUGACGAUCUGGUGGUGCCCGAGGAGCUGGCCUCCAAGAUCAAGGCCUCCGCCCUGGACAGCAACUACUAUGCGGCUCCCAACAAGGGCUUGUCUCCCGCCCAGCAAUGGGCCAACAACUCGCCACUGGUGCUGGACCAUGUCAAGGCCGGAUCAUUCGAGACCGCCUUCCGUUUGCUGCACGACCAGCUGGGAGUGGUCAAUUUCAAGCCAUUCAAGACACUCUUCCUGCAGAACUACGCCUGCUCUAAAACCAGCUACACGGCCAAUCCAAAUCUGCAAUCUUUGAGUGGAUACCCGCUGCGCAACUUCUCCGAGACUAAUAUCAAGCUUCAACGCCCGGCAGUGGGAAUCAAGCUGAACGAUUUGGUGGCGCGCCUACAGGCUGGCUACCAGCUAACCACCUCGGGCAAGUUCACCGAGGCCGUAGAGAAGUUCCACUCCAUUUUGAUCAGCAUUCCACUGCUGGUGGUGGACACGAAACUGGAUGCGGCGGAGGCACAGCAGCUGCUGAGAAUCUGCGCGGAGUACAUUGUGGGCCUGAAGAUGGAGACGGUGCGCAAGGGCAUGCCCAAGUCGACGCUGGAGGAGCAGAAGCGACUGUGCGAAAUGGCCGCCUACUUCACGCACUGCAAGCUGCAGCCAGUGCAUCAAAUUCUCACCCUGCGCACCGCCCUCAACAUGUUCUUCAAGCUGAAGAACUACAAGACGGCCGCCUCCUUUGCCCGCCGUCUUCUGGAGUUGGCCCCCCGUCCGGAUGUGGCCCAGCAAGUGCGCAAGAUCCUGCAGGCCUGCGAAGUUAACCCGGUGGACGAGCACCAGCUGCAGUACGAGGAGUUCAAUCCGUUCACCAUCUGCGGCAUCAGCUGGAAGCCACUGUACAGGGGUAAACCUGAGGUGACCUGUCCCUUCUGCUCAUCCUCGUACGACCCGCAAUUCAAGGGCAGCCUCUGCACAGUUUGCGAGGUAAGCCAGAUCGGCAAGGACAGCAUUGGGCUGCGUAUAUCCACUUUGCAAUUCCGCUAGGUCAGAAAUGCGUUGCGCUUUUUAAUAUACGUCUCCUCCACGCCAAGCGACGACCCUUAGUUUAGUUUAACACUAUUCUUGCUUAUUAUGUAUGAAUAUAAAGUUCAGUAUCUGUUUAAUAUAUUGGUAUCAAAUCAAA